GAGAAGAAUAAUUCGUUUUGUCAAAUGGUGUUCUAAAGUCAUUGAACCAACCUAUGUGGACUUUUGGCGUAAAAGAGAAUUAUUUUAAGCUUUGGAUAUAACUGUGGCAACCGUUUUAAAAAGACCCUGGAGUCGAUCCACGUGGAAUCGUCACCACCGGCAUGGUCAGAUAGAGAGUUGACUGAAUUUGUGUGUAACUUCUGCUUACUUCCAGCCUCAGCCCAUCCUGAGGGAGACUCGGAGUUCUUGAUUUGUUUCGACUGUGGCGCCAGAGCUUCCACAAAAUGUAUGGACUACAGCCCUCAACUGGCAGAAAAAGCCAGGUUGUAUCCAUGGCAAUGCAUGUACUGUAAGACAUGUUGUCUGUGCAACGACUCUGACGAUUGGGACACGAUGUUAAUCUGUGAUGCUUGUGACAAAGGAUACCACAUGAAAUGUCACGUGCCUAUAGUUACAGAGGAACCAACAGGGACAUGGGUAUGUCAACGAUGCAUGGAUGAAAAACAAACAGGAGGAACUAAUGAAAUCAAGGAUAAGAAUUCUCUGGUUAAAAGCAAUCAACUAGAAGAACUGGCAGGAGUUAAUACUUCACUAGACCUUCCCUUACCUUGUGAUUCACCAGUUCCAGAUGGUUAUUGUAUUUAUUCGAAUACAUUUGAUACUUUAAAUCGAAACCAUUUCGAGACGUACCCAGAGGUGGUUCCAGAUGCUAAAGAUUGGACCAUUGAUGACGUAGAAAACUUUUUCACGCACAUUGGCUUUCCAGAACAAGCCCCUGCGUUCAGAGAACAGGAAAUUGAUGGAAAAUCCUUGCUACUAAUGAAAAGAAGUGAUGUAUUAAUGGGAUUGUCAAUCAAACUUGGCCCAGCACUGAAAAUCUACAAUCAUGUGAAGCGUCUUCAGACUGGACUCACAAAUGGACAUCUGCUCUAGCAUUUUUGUCUUCGUUAAUCAUAUAAAGAUCAUAUCAUCCCAUAUCCCUGUUAUCCAAGUUCUAAAUUACCUGUACAGUGUUCGAGCAAAUAUCUGUUGCAAGUCACUUUUGUUAAAUGUCCAAAAAUACUGAAUUUAUUGUCAAUCAUAAGUUUUGCCAUUUGUUAAGGAUGUAACCCCUGUAAUUUUAGUAAUAAUUGGGACUUUUUUAAGUACAAAAACAUGCUUACAAAAUUUAAUGUUCUCCCAAAACACCUGGAUGUUGAUAAAGUAUUUCCCCAAAAAGUAGCCUAGAUCUAAAAAAAAAAGUUUAAGUUAAGAAAUAAAGGCUUCAUAAAAUGCUGUUUUAGUUUUUAGAUCCUUCUAAAGAAACAGUUAAUCGUAAGCAUGUGUAAUCCAUUUGUGAGUAGGGAAAAGCAUUAGGUCUUUCUUUCUGUCAGAGUUGUCAAUUAAUCCUUAGAUAUGGCUUUAUUUUAAAAAGUUAAGCAUUUCUGUGUUAUUUGAUAUUUAUUACUUCUCAAAUUACGCAGGUGUUUCGUUCUUAUCCUAAGUCGUAAAACAGUAUUGAGUGUUUGUAUAUUUGAAUUGUGUAAACUUGCUGGUGAGUUAAAAUGAAAGAAAUAUUUUUGUUUCUAAAUGGUUACCGGUAAGUAUAAAAAAAAAGUAUGGCUUCUAAAUAAUAUAUAUAGAUAUAUAUAAAUAUUUAUUUUAGUAAAAUUAAAAUUUUGGAGUUAUAUUAAAUGAAGAGUAAGCUUGGUUUACUUUUCAAAGUAUUAAAAAUAUAUAUCAUGAGCUUAUGUUUCUGUAAGAAAUGUGUUAAAUAUGAAAUUAUCUGUAAUUCAUCAUUUUGUAUUUACUUUGAAACAGUAUUCUUCAUUAAUGCCUACUUGAAGUAAAUUAGCUGUAUGAAAAUAAAAGUAUUUGAAGCGUGA